CUCUUAUGCAAAUCAAGUAACGUCAUCGCGACGGCAUGAGGGGAGGCGCAACUGUGGUGAGAGGAGGGUGUCAGCAGCACACCCGGAACCUUAACUGAACUGAGCAGAAAAGGACAGACGGAAGUCGGUGGAGGAGCGCCGUAGAACCUUGGCGUGGGAGACACAUAGGAGUCUGGGAUUUGUAGUUUUCUUCCAAUUAUAUCGGCUUCGUGGACUACACUUCCCAAGAUGCACACGUAACAAGCUAGUCCCACUGUUGGGUGAGAAUUGUGGAAGAAUUAGAAUGAGUGGAUUAACUUUCAGGCCGACAAGGGGCCGUUGGAUCACCCACCUCAGCCGGCCGCGUUCUCAGGGAUCCACGGGGUUAUUCGUGCCGCCCAGCCCUCCUUUGGACCCUGUAAAGAUCAAAGAGUUACAGCGCUUCAUUAGCCUUUCCAAGAAACUGCUAGUGAUGACAGGCGCGGGAAUCUCCACCGAGUCCGGGAUCCCAGACUACAGGUCAGAUAAGGUGGGACUUUACGCCCGCACUGACCGGAGACCCAUCCAACACAUUGAUUUUGUCCGCAGUGCUCCAGUCCGCCAGCGGUACUGGGCCAGAAACUUUGUGGGCUGGCCCCAGUUCUCCUCUCACCAGCCCAACCCAGCACACUGGGCUCUGAGCAACUGGGAGAAAAUUGGGAAGCUGCACUGGUUGGUGACCCAGAAUGUGGACGCUUUGCAUUCCAAGGCAGGGAAUCAGCGGCUGACGGAGCUCCACGGAUGCAUGCACAGAGUUCUGUGCCUGAACUGUGGGGAGCAGACUGCCCGCAGGGUGCUUCAGGACCGCUUCCAAGCCCUGAACCCCAGCUGGAGCGCCGAGGCGCAGGGCGUGGCCCCUGACGGUGAUGUGUUCCUCACUGAGGAGCAGGUCCGGAGCUUUCAGGUGCCCUGCUGUGAUCGUUGCGGCGGCCCUCUGAAACCAGACGUCGUUUUCUUUGGGGACACAGUGAACCCAGACAAGGUUGACUUUGUGCACCAGCGUGUGAAAGAGGCUGAUUCCUUGUUGGUGGUGGGAUCAUCGCUGCAGGUGUACUCUGGGUACAGGUUCAUCCUCACCGCCCGGGAGAUGAAGCUCCCAAUCGCCAUUCUGAACAUCGGACCCACACGCUCUGAUGAUUUGGCUUGCCUGAAGCUGGAUUCCCGCUGUGGAGAGCUGCUGCCGUUAAUAGACCCACAAAGACAGCACUCUGAUGUUCAAAGGCUAGCGAUGGACUUCCCUCUGAAUCCCGCUGCUAAAGAUCCCUAAGGAUCCCCCCGUUUCCCCUCCAACUAGUGGAAGCUUACUGUGUCCUAUAGAGGCAGGCAGCAAAGCCACGCCUAGAGGCCAGGCACCCUCCUACUUACAGAGAUGAGAGCUGCCCCCCCAAAAAAGACUUUUUCAAAGAAGUAGCUGCCCUUGAUGGAGUAGCUGUGCCACCUUCAGGUCACCAGGAAGAAGGAUCAGCCAGAAGCCCAGAAGCCACAACAGUCUGUGAGGGGAAACAUGGAGAUCUCACUCAUUCAGGGGAUAACCAGAAAGGCAUUUACAAUUCAUUCAUAUUCCAAACGGUUGUGUCUGGCCGAAGCACCUUGAUAUUUCUGACAACAGGAGCAAUAGCAAACACAGAUUUUUUUUUAAUUAACCAAAUAAUAAAUUAUUUUUAAUAGCA